AUGGUGCCUGUCAUACCGGAACCCGGGAUUCCUCAAUUCCAAGCUCGACGAGGGGAUAUCAACCCUUUCGAACACAUUUCUACGACACCUAGCCAGCGGCGCUUUGGCCUUGCGAGCGACGAUACUCCUAGCAUGCGACCAAAUCAGGACGCUGCCACUCAACGAUCCACGGGAAACGGCCUUCCUCGGACUGCCACCCCCGCGGAAAAUCCUCCAGCUCAACCUCGAACCUUCCUCAUGGACAUCUUGGACGAAAUCAACGGCAGGACGCCGUCCAACGAAGCCUCAGCAAGCACGGCGGCCAACCGGGGUAUCUUCGAAGAAGACGAGGAGCCUGUUGUAGAUCAUCGUGCGCACGGGAAUCCGCUCAUUAGAGUCCAAAGACCUGGCACUAGCGUACCGAAAAUUUCUGCGGGUUUGAGAUCGCAAAGCCGUAACAGUGAGGCUACACGUGCGGAAGCGGGCCAUCAUUACAUCAGCCAGCCACAUGACCAUGUCUCAAUGUCAGAAGCCGCUUCGGCGAGGCCUGAGAGUAGCACACCCCUCUCAGUCAGAUCUGGAACGCGUAUUAGGCACAAAAUCGCGAGACCCAGCGAUAUUCUUCCCAACGGCAGAAGGUGUCCAUCGCCACGCUCCUCUGCGGGAGUCCAGCCGUCCCCAGAGAAGACGGCUGUGCAAUGA